UCGCAGGAGAGGAGUGCUGAGCGCAGCGGGGGGAAGGAGAGCUUGUUGUGGGGGCGGAUGGAGUUUCACCUCCCGGCUGUUACCGGCAGGAGCGUCAGAGACGAGAAGCGGAGGGGAGUGAGAGUUGGGAGUGAGAAGGAGUUUGUUUUUCCUUUUUGUUUCCCCCCUCUCUCUUUUAAACCCUGGUUACUCUUCACUUCACACUUCAGGGAUUCGCUUCGGUUCUCCCCGCUGCUCCUGAUUGCACUGCACCGGGGAGAAGUGCAGGGAAGCGGACCCGUGCAUGCCCGUGAACUGAGGAGAGCAGUGCACGCCAGAGCUGAUCUGCAGCAUCAGUAACACCUAUUUCCACCGUGCAGCAGCAGCAUGCAGUGAGAGGAAUCCUUUCAGAUGCUUUCUCACACCAGACAGUGAAGAAAGGUGUCGGGGGUGGGGGGAAAGGAGGCGUAUAUGGGAGAUUUGUUGGAUUUUUAUUUCCUUGUCGUUGCAAACUUGUGUCCGGGAUGGGGAAGGAGCAGGAGCUGCUGGAAGCCGCCCGGACUGGGAAUGUCGCCUUGGUGGAGAAAUUGUUAAGCGGAAAGAAGGGAAUACUGGGGUCAGGCUCCGGCUCCAUCCCUCUGCCCAACCUACUAAGCAUGUGGAAGGGGCUGAACGUGAACUGCACAGACAGCUCAGGAUACACACCCUUACACCAUGCAUCACUCAAUGGACACAGGGAGGUGGUGCUGAAACUGCUCCAGUUUGAGGCAUCCACAAAUGUGUCUGACAGCAAAGGUUGCUUCCCGCUGCACCUGGCUGCCUGGAGGGGAGAUGUAGACAUCGUCCGUAUCCUCAUCCACCACGGCCCAUCCCACUGCCGUGUCAACCAACAGAACCAUGAGAAGGAAACUGCACUCCACUGUGCAGCCCAGUAUGGACACUCUGAGGUGGUUUCAGUACUGCUGCAGGAGCUGACUGACCCCACCAUGAGAAACAGCCGACAGGAGACUCCUCUAGACUUGGCAGCACUGUACGGCCGACUGCAGGUGGUGCGCAUGUUGGUGAGUGCCCACCCCAAUCUCAUGACCAGUCACACUCGGCUACACACUCCGCUUCACCUGGCUGCCCGCAACGGACAUCACAGCACCAUCCAGACUCUGCUUGAGGCCGGCAUGGACGUUAACUGCGUGACCGAGAAUGGCAGUGCCCUCCAUGAGGCAGCUCUCUUUGGGAAGAUGGAUGUUGUUCGCCUUCUGCUUGACUCAGGGAUCGACACCAAUCUAAGAGACAGCCAAGGAAGAACGGCUCUGGAGAUUCUGAGGGAUCAUCCUGCACCAAAAUCCCAGCAGAUCACUGCUCUCAUCCAAGAAUAUAUGAUGGAUGAGAUGGAGAAGCUAAGCAUCCUGGAGGAGCCUGUCCGCGCGUGUCCUGUCCCUACACCUCGAACUUCUGUUCCCUCGCCUUCCGCGUCCCCUUCACUGAGACACAAGAAUGAUGCUGUGACAAGCGAGCUGUCCAAACUGCUUCAUGAGAUCAAAAAGUGCCGGGAUAGGGACUACUCAUUCGAGGAGCUCUGCCACACCAUCUCCUCCCACUCUAUGGACAGCUUCGGUAGCGGGCGGCUGUCCGAUGAGGAGCGCCCAGAUCGACCCAAUGGCACUCUGACCCGAGUCAGCAAGCGGCCGACGCCACCUCUCCCUCCGGCCAUGGAAGAAGAUGAGGCAGAAAAGAGCUGCGGUCCCACUGGCUUCUGGGAAGCACUGACUCCAUGCAAUGGCUGUCGUAACCUGGGCUUCUCCAGCCUGUCACAGGAUUCAAAGCGUUCGGCAGAGAUCGUCACUUCUCCUUCGCUGGAUGUUUUCCUUCCAGAAGACGAGGACAACCCGUAUGAGUCUGUGACCACCGCUGUCACACGCAAACCCUCCUCUCUUGAUAUCAAUCAACGACUCAACGCCUGUCCACGCAAUGGUCACUUGUCCCAUGUAACGGUGAGUGAGGGGGAGCACGGUAACCAUGGCAACUGCUCAACAGGACCCACACCAGACUGCUCGCCCCCCUCCCCUGACACAGCCCUGAAGAGCAUCGAGAGAGUCAUCCGCCCACAGCCCAAACAGCGCACCUCUCUGUCUUCAUCCUUGGAUGUCCAAAGGCCGGUCAACCACAGCUGUGAGCCUAGCGAAGUGAGCUCUUCCCUCGGCUACGCCAGCUUCAGCACCAGUCCCCCUGCCAGCCCUCCGCUCAGCCCCAACCAAGAGGACUCUGCAGGUUCCAACGACGACUGUCAGCUCACAGACGACAUCCCUUAUCAGCGAGACCCGACUCCUCCUCCUCUCUGCUUGUCCUCCAAAUCAAACGCUCUGUCACAGGACCACAGGAAAAGCCACAUCCCAGAGGAGUUUGCAGGCCUGCUUCAUGGAUCUUCUCCAGCCUGUGAACCCCCCGAUACACCUUACCACCUUUACAGCCCCAAAUCCUUUAAAAAUACAGAUGUCCAGAGCAACUUUCUGCAGACCCCGGAGUUCAGCAUUGUGAUCGGCGGAGGAGCCAAUCAGGUCUUCUCCCGGCCAGGGAGUGAGUCAUCCUCUCAGAGGUUAGCCAACGACACUCGAAAGCCACAGGUUGUGUACCGGACUAUUUUCCACACCAAGGUCAACCAGGACCAGGCUCAACCCAGGAACUGUGAACAGGUAGAUCUGCCUCGUGGAUGGUCUACCCUGAGCCACCCACCCUCUUGUUCCUCUGGUCAAAACGGAGAAGUUGCAGAUUUACGGGGAAGCCAGACAGGAGCGACAUCCAAAGACAGUUCACCUGGCAUUGGCUACGAAGAAAGGGCUUGCACCCUUGGGAGGAUGAGGUCCAUGCCACGCAGUGUGUUGGACCUGCAGCUUUCGAAAUCUCUUUCCAAGUCUGAUUCUAACCUAGUGGCAGUGUCUCCCAUACAGGAAGAGCACAGCUGGGGGUCUGGAUCACGGGGCCAGGGCCCUGGAAGUCCGAGCCCACGUGAAGGCGCCAGCCCGGAGGGGAGAUUGGAGAGAACGCCGUCUUUCACUGCUGAGUGGGAAGAGAUUGACAAGAUUAUGAGCUCCAUUGGGGCAGGAAUAAGCAGUGGAUUGGACAUCAAGGAUGAUACCUCAGGUCCCCGCUGCCCGCUGCAGUCUGUGGGCCAGUGGCUAGACUCCAUCGGCCUGGUCCAGUACGAGAACCACCUGCUGGCCAAUGGAUUUGACAACGUCCAGUUUAUGGGCAGCAAUGUGGUGGAGGACCAAGACCUGCUGGAAAUUGGAAUCCUCAACUCGGCCCACAGACAACGUCUCCUGCAGGCCAUACGGCUCUUGCCCAGGGUGAGACCUAUCGGAUACGAUGGCAACAACCCUACAUCAGUGGCAGAGUGGCUGGAAUCUUUGGAGCUCGGGGACUACACCAAGUCUUUCCUUGUCAAUGGUUACACUUCCAUGGAGCUGGUCAAAAAGAUCUGGGAAAUUGAGCUCAUCAAUGUACUGAAGAUCAACCUUAUCGGCCACAGAAAACGGAUUCUGGCCUCAUUGGGGGACCGGCUACACGAAGACACCCCACAGAAACCUCCACGGGCCAUCUCCUUACGGGAGCCCGGAGGAAACCACACUCCUCCCCAGCUCAGCCCGUCGGUAGGCCAGGCAGCGUACACAGCAGGGGUCCCAGGUGGAUCUCUGGACGUGCAGCACCUCAUGAUGCAGGCGGACGCCCGGCGCAGGCAGCGCAGCAAUGACAACUACUUUGAGGACGUGCCGCGAUCCAAGCUGGAGCGACAGAUGGCUCAAGUCAGCAUGGCAGGCGAGUGGUGUGAGCCAAUCACGUUGCGUCCGCCAAACGAGGCCACCUCAUCCACUCCGGUGCAGUACUGGCAGCAUCACCCCGAGAAGCUCAUCUUUCAGUCAUGCGACUACGAAGCCUAUUACUUGGGCUCAAUGUUGGUGAAGGAGCUGAGGGGGACGGAGUCCACUCAAGAUGCCUGCGCCAAGAUGAGGAAGUCGACAGAACAGAUGAAGAAAGUGCCGACCAUCGUGCUCUCCGUGUCCUACAAAGGAGUGAAGUUCAUCGACGCCACAAAUAAGAACAUCAUAGCGGAGCAUGAGAUUCGUAACAUCUCGUGUGCAGCUCAGGAUCCAGAGGAUCUGUCCACAUUUGCCUACAUCACCAAAGACCUCAAGUCCAGUCACCACUACUGCCAUGUCUUCACUGCUUUUGAUGUGAACCUGGCCUACGAGAUCAUCCUGACGCUCGGACAGGCCUUCGAGGUGGCCUACCAGCUAGCCCUACAGGCUAGGAAGAGCGGCCAUGGAUCAUCCACACUGCCCGAAAGCUUCGACAGCAAACCCAGCAAACCUGUCCCUAAGCCACGCAUCAACAUCCGCAAGUCUGUCAUCAUGCCCCCCUCCAGCCGCUGGUCACUGGGCCACAUUUACACCCCUCACCGGCCUCCUCUUCACCCUCCUCUUCCUCCCUCUCGACUCUUCCAUCUUCCUCACAAAGCUCAGUCACAGAUGGAGCAGCCAUCCAUGGAUCAGAAGGGCCAUGCCAACGUGCCAUGGAUUGUGGAGCCAGGUCAGGAGGCCAAAAGAGGAGUCAACACCAAGGCAAUGCCGGAUGCUCAUGUCUAUUACUGUGGAAUGCAAAGAAUGUAGCCAGCCCUAAACAUGGACCUUGUCACACACACAAUGCAAAAAGGACUACAAAGGACCCUCUUGUUCACUUUUCAAAAGGACUACAAACAUGGAUGCUACUCCACAGUGUUUAAAGUUGACUACAAAAUUUUAACGUCAUUCAUCCACGUGUUGCUAGACACAGUAAACAUCGGACCAACUCAUAAUUAAACAAACACACACACACACACUGACAGGACUGCAUCUUGACAGACGACCGUCUGCUCUGAAUGUACACUUAUUUGAAAGCAGCCUCAACUUUCUGCAACUCCAGCAGGAUCCGUUUUAUGCGCCCAACUGGGAGGCAUGACCUUCGAACUUUUUGGCAGGUCAGCAUCUCCAUGGAGACUGUGAGUAUGGUUACAGGGCAUGUUUAGGUAAUAGACGGCGGGCUGACUAAAGGGCAUCCCCGGGCAUGUGUCAGUGUUGGCAUGAGUUCCACGAUGUCUGGCUGGCUCUUUUGGUCCUCUUUAUUUUAUUUCUUUGUUGUUGUUUUUUUUUUCUUUAAUGUCAGAAAAUAAUAAAGAGAUAUAUGCACAAGUGUGUAAAUGACUAGCUGCAACACGCUCAAGAUGCAACGGGUGUCUCAUUAUGGAUGAAGAGCCUAUGUGAACAAAGCAUCUAGAGUCUAAAAAAAAAAAGUAUUCUAUUCGUAUUGCCUGACAUUUUAAUGUUUAAUAUGAGAGUAUUAUAUUACCAUGAGGAUUAUGAUUAUACUUGUGCAAUUCUUGUCUACUGUUGUCUUAAUGUUACAUUAUUUUUCUAUGAUAUGCUGAAAUGAAAACCUUGGGCCUGAGAAUGAUGGCAAUCCUUUAACUAAAAAAAUAAAAAAUAAAAUAAAAUCCGAAACUAGGCGAUCAUACUUGUACACAGAGAGCGAAUGUCGCAGGUGGCUAGCUAACUUUUAGGUCAGGUCAACUCUCCAUUUCUCACGGGGCUCUACUCUUAUCUAGCAGAUGUACUAUUUUAAAAACGCAGUAUUACUGUAUUAUUUGGAUGAGAAAUCAUCCAGUUAUAAAGUGUACAUAGAUAUUUUGCCAACUCAUUGUUCAUACAUGUAAAAGAGAAAAGAAUAAAGGAUUUGCAGCAAAUGGCACUGGAAACAUGGUACCAAAAUAAAGGUUGGACAUUUUAAAAAAAAGUGGUAGAUUGUAGAGACUGUAUUUUGAGUGCAAACUAACAUGAAUUAUUUGGUGUCAUCACUGCUGACCAACUAAUGUACAUAGGCUUGGGCUUCCAGCACACUGAUUUUUGUAAUUUUGGCCAUUAUUUAUAUCCUUGUAAAUCACAUUAAAUAAAAUAUGACUUGUACAACCAUA